AUGCUCGAAUUCUUCGUACUGACUUUUCUGCCACUUGCAAUUCCCUAUGUUGUCAACUGCCACGGACAAACGCUGUUGCCGCAGUACCUGGGCAUGUACCGCGUCACGGUGAACGAUCAGGAGAGCUAUUUGCUGGCUAUGCGGAACGUCUUUAGUCCCCGUGUCACCAUCCACAAGAAGUACGAUCUAAAGGUACGCCUUUUUUCUUCCAUUUUGCGGACUUUUCUGUCCAAUCGUCCUAACUGA